CGGCUUCGGUUGCCACCCCCAGUCGGUGCCGAACCCUCCGGUGGGGCGGGGCCAACCCUUCACACCCCACCAGCAGUGUGGCAACACCACCGCCAACCUCCUUCCUUCCUUCUUUCGCACCCAGCCGCGGCUCCGGGGCUUGGCCGGGGUGGCGGGGUCCCAUGGAGGCCGAAGGCUUCGCCCUCUGCCACGCGCCCGCCCUGCAGACCAAGGUCUUCCAGUACCGAAUUUGGGACGUCAACCAGAAGUCGCUUUACCUGCGCAACGACCAGCUGGUGGCCGGGCACCUGCAAGGGGCCAACGCCGCCCUGGAAGAGAAGGUGUUUUGGGUGCCCAACCGCGCCUUCGAGCCCGCCCGCCUGCCCGUCAUCCUGGGCAUCCAGAAUGGCACCCGCUGCCUGGCCAGCCCCCCCGCCAGCCAGCCCACCCUGCAGCUGCAGGCCGCCGACAUCAGGGAGCUGCCUCAAGCCGGGGUGGCCUCGGCCGCCUUCACCUUCUUCCGCUCCUACAAGGACGGGCUGUGGCGCUUCGAGUCGGCCGCCAACCCCGGCUGGUUCCUCUGCACCUCCUCCCGCGGGCACCAGCCCCUGGGGCUCUCCCGCCACCCCGACGCCACCCACCUCCUCGACUUCUACUUCCAGCUCUGCUGAGCCCCCUCCUGCCCCGGGGACGGUGACAGUCCUCCCCCACCCCCCCACCCCCCGCCUCUUCUCCAGGGAUGGGGACAUCUUCGCCCCGGCGACGGGGACGUCUUCAUCCCAGGGACGGUGCCAUCCCCCCCACUCCCGUGGCGGUGCCAUCCCUCCCGGUGACGGUGCCAUCCCCCUGGGGAUGAUGGUGGCAUCCCCCCUGGGAUGGUGACAUCCUCACCUCGGGGACGGUGACAUCCCGCCAUCCCCCCUGGGGACGGUGCCAUCCCCUCAGGGAUGAUGCCAUCCCCCUGGGGACGGUGCCAUCCCUCCCGGUGACGGUGCCAUCCCCCUGGGGAUGACGAUGGCGUCCCCCCUGGGAUGGUGAUAUCCUCACCUCGGGGACGGUGACAUCCCGCCAUCCCCCCUGGGGAUGGUGCCAUCCCCCUGGGGACAGUGACAUCCCCCCUGGGACGGUGCCAUCCUCACCUCGGGGACGGUGACAUCCCGACAUCCCCCCUGGGGACGGUGCCAUCCCCCCAGGGAUGAUGCCAUCCCCCUGGGGACAGUGACAUCCCCCCUGGGACGGUGCCAUCCCCACCUCGGGGACGGUGCCAUCCCCCCAGGAGACUGUGCCAUCCCCAUGGGAACAGUGACAUCCCCCUGGGGACGGUGCCAUCCCCCCCCCCGGAACGGUGCCACCCCCCCUGGGGACAGUGCCAUCCCCCCGGAUAGUGACAUCCCUCCAGGAUGGUGACAACCCCCCUAGGGUGCUGCCAUCUGCCCCCCACCCCAGGACGGUGCCACCCCCCGAGGACGAGGCCAUGCCCCUGGGAACCGUGACAUCCCCCCAGGAUGAUGCCACCCCCCUGGGGAUGGUGACAUCCCCCCUAGGAUGGUGCCACCCCCCCUGCCCAG